AUGCGGCCCAUCGACGUCACGCCCACGAUCGCCGACAAACUGCUGACGACGGUGUACAGCCGCGUAAAGAUUGCUGCACCCGCGCGAUUCAGAUUGGGUGACCCUAUACGCGUGAGUAAAUUUAAGACCGUCUUUGAAAAAGGUUACACACCAAAUUGGUCGACGGAGGUGUUUAAAAUCGGCAAAGUGCAGAAAACUAAUCCCGUGACGUAUAUACUGGAGGAUUCCUGUGGAAAACCCAUCGCUGGAGGAUUCUAUGAACACGAGUUGCAGCGUGUAGCUAAUCCCGAUGUGUACCUCGUUGAGAAAGUGUUACGAAAAAGAGGAAAUGAGGUUUACGUGAAAUGGUUGGGACUCAAUAAAUCACAUAAUUCGUGGAUAUGCACGGAUAAUGUUUUGUAA